CCAGAUAUGAGCAUGGAGUAUCAGCGGUUUCUCGAUUCAAGAUGGCGGCUUGCGUUGGCCGACUUUCGCUUCUGCGUUUCGGUGGAGAAAGAUUGCCUUUUAUGCCAAAACCGACAGCGGUGUCCGCUGUAAGACAAAUGCAUAUCACCCCACCAGUCUUUGAAGGAAAAUACCAUUAUCUGGAAAGAAAACGAAAGCUUAGAAAGGAGAGAGAACAGGAGUUAAUGGCACGAUACGAGCGUCUAGAUGAAGAAGAUCGCCCAACUGGUUGUUUACUUUGCCCAAAAAGAACAGAUGUCACUAUUGAUUAUAAGAAUGUAAGAUUGCUGUCACAGUUCAUCUCAUCACAUAGUGGAAGAAUCUACAAUAGAAGAGUCACAGGUCUGUGCGACAAGAAACAGAAAGAGAUAACAAAUGCCAUAAAAAGAGCAAGAGCGAUAGGGUUGAUGCCAGUCACCAUGAAGCACCCCGAGUUCCACAACGACCCAAAACUUUUCUAACCUAGAAAUUAAGUGUAAAUAAAUAAAGUUAAAUGUU